GCCGGCCCAACACACCAGGUCCGUCAAAACCUGCGUCCCGGCUCUUCUCGCGCUUCAACCGGGUCUCGCGCUUUUACUGCUGUCAUUUCUAUUGACGUUCACUUUUGUCAACAAUACCGGCUUGAAAAUCGUGUCUUAUUUCCAUCAAGAAACGUGAACUAAUACGUGUGUGUUUUUACUUCUCUGGUGCCAACAGAGAAGUUGAAUUAAACAUUAAAUCUAAAUUGUAUGUUUAAAAAUGUGAAAUUGAUCCGGACACGUAAUUUGUGGGUGUUUUAAGUUAGUGAUAGAGAUUGAAGAGUGCGGUAGUUAUGAGAAAUAGUUAAGUUCUUAUAGUAGAGAGAACAGGAGAACAUGUUCAUCGUUAGAAAGAUACAAUGUUCUUGUAUCUGAUUCAGCAGAGGAUAGUCUUCUACAUUUUUUAGAAUGAUAUGACGAGAUAGGAUCAGGUAAAAGGAGGAGUAUUAAAACAUCCGAGAAGGAAUCAUCCAGGCAGGAUGAAAACCCGAUUGCUCGUUCCGCGUCGCCCACUCUGAAGAGCGGGUCGCAAAGUGGCUACGAACUGCGGGUUUGUGGGACUGUACUUACCUCAAAUAUGUCAAGCGGUUCAACCGAGGUCUCUUCAGGGUUUGAUGGGUUAGGUCGCCCAGGAAAGCAGAAUUCCAUCACUUGUUUGGAUGAGCGUGAAAAGCAAGAGGCCAUCAAUCCUCAGUCCGGCAACGCUGAUAGCGACUGUGAGAGUGAUACAAGUGAGGUGCUUAGCGUAGGCAGCGAACCUCCACCAACGCUCGUGGACUUUAGAGACUGCAGCAGUUCCACGAGGUUCGAAGAAGCUAGUCGAAAUGAGUUUCAAGACGAGGAGAACACAAGGAUAUCCUGCACGCCGUCGCCAGCGAGUUCUAUUAGCUGCAACGAACCUUACUAUCGCCGGAGAUCCAACCCGAUCCAGGCACCUAGUCCACCAACUUACAGCCAACCUCCAUCUUCACCUACGGCUUCAUCUGUCCGAUCUCCGGCAUCUUCAAGUGCCACAGCCUCCUCCCCAGGAAGACCGGACUUGCCUCAGGAGUCAAUCCUCCCCAGGUAUCAGUCAUCUCAUCAGCAUCUUCUGUCUAGGUUCUCUGCCCGGGACCCUGACCUCGCAGAUUACCCUACAAGAAUUCCGCACACCCUGGGUCAUGAAAUCGUCUACCCUGCGGCGGAGAGGCUGCACAGAACACAGAUCAGCGUUCCCUUGGUGACCAGACUCUCUCUGUCGCCACCAUCCGCCAUAACGGUUACCGGCCUGCAAGCCUCCACGCCCGUUUUGCAUCCCACCGCCUGCAGGGAUCCACGAGAGGCCGCCCUUAUGCCUCACCCUACCCAGCUUCUCCACCAUGGACUUGCCAAUUCACAUGGUCACCUUUUGCAAUCAUCCCAAAUCCAACAUGUACCCGCAACCACGAUUCAUCAGCACAGGUUGUCUGUCAAUAAAAUCCUCCAAAGAGACCACGAGAGUAUAUCUCCCAAUCUAAGGGAAGAAAAUGGUACUGGGAGGACUGGGCCAGUAUCAAAUGGGAUUCAGAAUAAUGUUAAUGCGAUGAACAAUAAUGACAAUCACAAUAACAACAAUCUUCAACAUCAAGCGGGGCUCAAAUUCAGUAUAGAUAAUAUUCUGAAGGCGGAUUUUGGAAGACGGAUUACUGAUCCUAUUUCGUUGAAGAAAUCAAGAACAAAGAAGGUCAUUACUAGGCCAAUAGACUUGACUAAGGACUUUCUUGAAUCGUCGUCGGAGGGCUCUGAACGGGGUUCGGAAGCCUCCACGACUAACACUUCUCCGGGUGUUCCCACGAGCAAUGCCCCUAAUAGCGUACCUGGAACACCUGGUAAUGAACCAGGAAAAAUGGUGUGGCCAGCUUGGGUCUACUGCACCAGAUAUUCCGACAGACCUUCAUCUGGACGAAAAUCUUCGCGUAUGCUUUCAGGUCCUCGGACGAGAAGAGUCAAGAGGCCAAGCGACGGGAAGGUAACUGGGACAACACCAGAAGAGAAAAGACCCAGGACGAAUUUCAGUGGAGAACAACUGGCGAGGUUAAAGAGAGAAUUUGCAGAGAACCGAUAUCUGACAGAAAGACGAAGACAACAACUUUCACGGGAUUUGGGCCUGAAUGAGGCCCAAAUAAAAAUCUGGUUUCAGAAUAAGAGGGCGAAGAUCAAAAAAGCAAGUGGACAGAAAAAUCCCCUCGCCCUUCAAUUGAUGGCCCAGGGUCUCUACAACCACUCGACAGUCCCGUUGACCAAAGAGGAGGAGGAACAGGCGGCGGAACUUCAAGCUAAAUGAUGACUCUAAUUCGCCAACUUAAUCGAGCCAAGAAAUUUGACUCGAUAAAGAGGAAUUCUAACAUUACCGAGCCCACAAAGCUCGGCUCAAAGACUGAUAACGGACGAAUUGUCGGAGAUCAAAAGGGGAACCAAAACUGCUAAAGUUCGAGGAAAAAUUUCUCCAGAGUCGAUUCGCCACGCCGUGUUCUUCUAAAAAAUUUAAAAAGAUAUAUAAUAUUGUGUUUAAAGAGUUUUUAAAAAGGGAGAUGUGUUUUAAAAAAGUCUUCCAACAAAUUUGAAACGUUGGCUCAUUGUAAAACGUAAUUAUGCCAAAAAUGCAGAAUUUCUAUCGUAGUCUUUUCAAUAUUUAAUUAAAUUCAUAUAAUUUAGUUAGUUCUACGAAUUGUCGGAAGUAACUAAAAUGUUGAUUUUCCAAAUGUUCUCAUAAGAAAUCAUAAAUUUUCAACAGAAUGUUAAAAAACUGUGAAAUAUAAAGAAAGAAUGGAUAUAAUAAAGAGUAAUGGGUUAUGUAAAAGAUUGAAUUGUUAAAACAGUGAACGCGACAAAAGCGUACAGUGCCAUUUUAUUACCAUUGCUAACAGGAUUCUAUACCAAUAUUUUGUCUUUCUCUCUCCUGUGGAUGUGUGUAAAAAGGGAAGAACAAUCUUUGACGAGAUAGCAUGUGCAAAGAAUACGCAUUACGUAUGAUAAUGAUGAUUUCCGCUAAUUUAUUGUAAAAAUGUAUAAUAACCCAGAGCGACAGAAGUAAUUGCAACGUGCAAUAGAUCCUUAUACAUAGAGACGUUCAUAGAGAAGCCGUUUGUAGAAGAACUUUAAACCGAACUGUACAUACCAUUCGAUUUGUAGCGGGAUCAUCGUUUAUAGACUGUUUAAAGUAACUUAGUUAUUUAUUUACUUAUGCAUUAAGAGCAGAGGCACGUACAUGAAACCACAUAUGCUCGACCGA